AAUCCUCAGGGUUUCCGAUUCGAGUGUUUAGGCAACGAGGAGAUGUGCAAGAAACGUUACGUGAUGAUCGUGAGCAAACUGCCUGGUGAAAUAAUCCCAGAACAAUGUCAGUAUACUGUAUACGAUGAUAUGGUCGAAUUGAUCUUGCGUAAACGGGUCAAUAAGUCUUGGGUAGAUGAAAUACGUGGUGGACUAAUACAAGCAGAUUAG